AUGGCGGCUUUUGCAGGCAGAAGUUGCAAUGUCAUUCCAGAAAGCAUUGCAAGCGAUGCCGGUGUAGCGGGAGCUGGUGUCUUGCUAUCAUCCACAAUUACCGCCUUCCUUGUCAUAGGCAUGGCUGCAAGUCUCAUUCUCCAGGAUGUUCGGUGGCCAAGAAAGUGUAUCCGGAACCCCUCCAUCGUCCGAAGAAAGCUGCUCUCGGGCUACUCUGAUCAGCAGAUUCUCGUGGGCAUCGGCCUGCAGUCUGUCGGGUUGGUCAAGUCGUGGCAGCUUUCCCCGUAUCACUUCUUCAUCAUCUGGAUGCUCUCUCUUUUGUCCAUGGCCACCCACAACGCCACGCUGUUGUCUCUGAUAAACGACUUCAAGAGAGACUGGGUGCUCAGAUGGAUGAGACAGCUUUUGAUGUUCCUCAACCUGCUCCUCUCCAUCGUGUACGGCGUCUUUUUGCUGCAGGCCAAGAUCAAGGAUCUGCCGGAUACCCUGCCCAUCGCAUGUGCUUGGACUCGCCCUUCUGAUACGACUAGACUGGGCGGCCUGGACGUGGUGGCUACCGUGGUCGUGGUAGCCUUGAACUGCCUGAUCUUUGGGCUUGCCACCUGGUAUCUUCAGAGCAGGAGGCAAAAGUCACGCGCCUUUCGCGUGGUACAAGCCAUGGGCAUUGUUGCCAUGGCAGGCAUUGCUUUCGGGGCCACCACGCGGGCCUACCUCCUCUCCCAAGCGUUUGGCACACCAGAUGUCCUGUUGUCUGAUGAGGGGGAAAAGACGUGGAGCUUCGGCCAGCUGUUGGGCAUGUUGAUGUUGCUGCUGCCCGUCAUUUCGAUUAUUGAAAUCAAGAGGGGCGACGCUUCCAUUGCGCCCCCCGUGCCAGAUGAUGUCUACAGCUCGGGUGAGGAUAGCCAAGAGAGGCUUGUGGGGAGGGAGCUUGCACCUAUGAAGGCAUAGUGGUCAACAGGAACAGUAUUGAAAUUAAUUAUGUGAAUGUCUGUCUAUGCAAAAUGUCUAUCAAGGUAUCAAAGUGUGUAAAGAAAAGAAAAAAGAAAAGUAUGCAAAAAAUGUACACGUUUUACCAAAA